GAAAAUGCGCAUGAUCCAUGCAGAAUCCGUGGAUGUGCUGCAUAGAUUUUCACUGGAAAAUCUCCCUAGAUUUCCUCCUCCCCAUCCCCGUCCCCUUGCCCUCUGUGUGUGUGAGUGAGAUAGGGAGAUGCUGUAGCAAUCUUUGGGUCAGUUCUAUAUUGAUUUUUUUUGCCAAUUCAAUCCCCCAAAAACGAGAAGCAUGUUCUGCGGUGUUUAUUGUGAAUAUUUUUGCCAAUGAUCAAUUUAUAUGUUUUUAUUCUUUAUUUUAUUUAAAUUUUAUCUUUCUUUGUUAUUUUUUUCGGUUCAAAGUGUUUUUAAUGUUGUGCAAAAGAGAUUUUGUCUCUGGUGAUUUGUUCUAAAAAAAAAACGAAAAAGAAGAAAAAACAAAAACAAAAAAAAGGAAGAAAGAGGAACAAGUGAAGGUAAAAAGGAAGUGUAAUAGUGAUUGGAAGGAUGUGCUCAGAAGUUUGGGAAUUGAAGUAAAGGAUUGGGAAAAAUAAAAGAAAGACGAAGAAGAAGGAAGAGAUGCUCAUCUGGCUGCUAGGAGUGAGCUUUUGGGUGGGAACGGCAGCUGCUAAGGCUCCCUUCACCGAAAAGGACUCACGACUGAUCCGGCUGAAGGGAGACAUCAUCCUUGGUGGCAUUUUUCCGAUGCACGAACACCGUCAGGACAAUCCUGAGUACCCAUGUGGUGCUGUGAAGGAGGAGAAGGGCAUCCAGCGACUCGAGGCUAUGCUCUAUGCCAUCGAUCUCAUCAACAACGAUCCCCAGCUCCUGCCCAAUAUCACGCUAGGUGCCUUAAUAAUUGACAGCUGCAGCAGCGACACCUACGCCCUGGAGCAGAGCAUGGAAUUUGUGAGGUACUACAUGAAUCAGGAUAUGAGUGAAUAUAAGUGCGAAAAUGGUAUGCCACCCACUUAUAUUCCACACAAACCUGUUACUGGUGUCAUUGGAGCAUCUUUUAGUGUCGUGUCAAUUAUGGUGGCCAACAUCUUGCGCCUCUUCAGAAUUCCACAGAUAAGUUAUGCAUCCACAAGUACAGAAUUGUCAGAUAAAUCGCGUUUUGAGUACUUCAGUCGUGUCGUACCACCGGACAAUUUUCAAGCUAUGGCAAUGGCUGAGAUAGCUAAAGCCCUAGAUUGGCGAUAUGCCUCAACGGUGGCCGUUGAGGGUGACUAUGGUGAAAAGGGUAUUGCCAGUUUUAUCAGUAUUGCUGCACAAUUGGGAAUUUGUGUGGCUGUUAGUGAAAAAAUUCUGAGAAAUAGUAAAACAGAAGAUUUUGAUCGGAUCAUUGAGCAUCUGAUUCAGAAACCACAGGCACGGGUUGUUGUGAUGUUUGUAGAUGAGGAUAAUGUGAGAAAAUUACUUCAGGCUACAAUAAGGGCCAAUCGUACGGGUCAUUUCUACUUUAUAGCCAGUGAUUCAUGGGGUGCUAAGGUGUAUCCGGUGCGUGAUCAGGAAUUUGCAGCUGUUAAUACAAUAACCGUCCUACCAAGUCGAACAAAUCUAGCUGGAUUCGAUGAAUACUACCUAGCCCUAAGGCCACGUCUUGAUCCACAACAUUGUCUCACUGGAAAUUAUGCUACACAUUCAAUGACAUCGGAAACAAUAACAAAUUGUCGAAAUAUCUGGUUCAAUGAAUUCUGGAGUCAACAUCACAAAUGCAGCUUUCAGCCAAAUUCCCGGACACCGUGUACGGGUACCGAAGGGGUACAUGGAUACGAACAGGAAGGUCUUGUACCUUUUGUUGCAGAUGCCGUCUAUGCUAUUGCCUAUGCAAUUGAUUCAAUGAUACGAGAUGUAUGUGGUGAUUCAACACUGUGUCCGGCCCUUCAGCCAGCUCCACUUGGUCUCAAUCUCCUCAAAUACAUCCACAAUGUGUCCUUUGUUGGUCUUCAAGGUACCAAAGUUCGUUUCAAUCGCGAUGGCGAUGCCUAUGGCUUCUACAAUGUCUAUCAGUAUCAACAGACGGGUUCGAGGUGUCCUAGGGCACAGCAAAAUGGCACCACAGAUGCCUCAAAUGAAGGAACAGCACCUUGUAGGUAUGACUAUGUUCAGAUUGGAACAUGGAAAGAGGGAUUGGAACUGAAUUCUGAUGCCUUGAAAUGGGUUGGAGGUCAUCCAAGGUCACUGUGCAGUGAACCAUGUCCCAUUGGUCAUGUCCGAAACUAUCAGGAUGCAUGCUGUUGGGCCUGUGUUAAAUGUCGCGAAGAUGCUUUCGUGAACAAUGAUACGUGUAAGACAUGUGAACCAGGCUGGGCACCAAAUGACACCAAAUCCGGAUGCAAUAAAUUAACGCCCGAAGUUAUCGAUUGGUUGAGUCCAUGGGCUCUUGUACCACUUAUAUUUUCAGCAUGUGGCAUCUUCUGUACACUAUUUACGGCAUGUGUCUUCAUUAAAUACAACAAAACACCGGUUAUUAUGGCAUCGGGAAGGGAAUUGUGCUAUGUUUUGCUAAUUGGUAUUUUAACGUGCUACGGUAUGAGUUUUGUUGUUCUAGCCCGGCCAACAGUCUAUCGAUGUGCCCUACUACGGGUUGGCCUUGGUCUAUGCCUAAGUAUUUGCUAUAGUGCCAUCUUCACAAAAACCAAUCGAAUAUCGAGAAUAUUCAAUCGGGGCGUUAAGAGUGUCCAACGUCCAAUUUAUACAUCACCACUAUCGCAAAUAACAAUUAGUUUGAGUGUUGUACUAGUACAAUUAGUUGGUUCAAUUGGAUGGCUUUUGAUUGAACAGCCUGAUAUUAGGGAAAUUCAUCCAUUUCCCCUUAGUUCUGUUCUAACAUGCAAAGUCAGCACAUUUUCUCUCAUAAUGUCAUUGGUAUACAAUAUGAUACUCAUUAUCCUAUGUACACUCUAUGCAUUCAAAACACGAAAAAUACCAGAAAAUUUCAAUGAAGCCAAAUACAUUGGAUUCACCAUGUAUUCAACGUGUAUCGUCUGGUUGGCCUUCCUACCAAUUUACUUUGGAACUAACAAUGACUACAAGAUUCAGAUCUCGAGUAUGUGCAUGUGUCUCAGCAUCAGUGCCUCGGUGGCUCUGGCAUGUCUCUUCACACCAAAGGUCUACCUCGUGCUCUUCCAGCCCUACAAGAACGUCCGGCCAGGCAAUGGAAAUCAGCGUGGUGGAAUGGGGGAAGCCAAUCGACUGCCCUACAGCAUGCGAUUUGGUGGUGUUCGAUCCCAGACAAUGCAAUCCAUGGCCAGUCUGUCAAAAUCCAGUCCACAGACAGUUCACAGGAGUCUCACAGAUGACAAUGUGGCCGUCAUAACGCCCACAAAUAUCGAGGAUAGUAGUAUAACGUAGGAAAAUUUAUAAAAACAACAUUUUUUUUUUGGUUCUAGAGUAAAGACAAAAGGCAAUGCUACAAUGCAAAAGACGAAAUUAAAAAAAGAUUAAAUGAAAAAUGAAUUAAUAAAUAAGAAAAGAAAAAAAAAACUAACCCACCCAAGUAGAUUUGCUCAAAAAAGAAAAACUUCUCUUCGAUUAAUAGCUACAAAUCCAAAAUAUAGUUAGUCACUAUAUUUUGGAUUAAUAAGGUAAUUUAUUUAUUUAUCUGUUUUUGUUUUUUAUUGUUGUCAUAAUUAGUUCUUAGGCGUUUAAUCGCGUUAAAGUAAACUGAAGAAAAAAAAUUGAAAAAAAAAAUUUUAAAUAAAAUUAAGAAAAUAAAAGAAAAGAUAGAGAAACUAUUAAAGAAAUCACGUAGAAAUGAUCAUUAAAUUUAAGGAAUAUUUGACAUUUAACAAAAAGAAAAAAGAAAAAUCUCUAAUCUCUUCCCGAUGAAUCCCCCCGAAACCCUCUUUAAUAAGUCCAACCCCAAAAAGCAGAGGCAAUUAUGUGCUGUGUUUAUCUAGUGAGUAAAUAUUUCUCAAAAAGAUUUAAGAAAAACAAAAAUUAAAAAAAAAAUAAACAAAUAUUCUAGUUGACUAAAUUUAUAAAUGGUUUAGCAAAAUGUGUGACAAAGGUAGAUUGAAAAUAAUCUAUUGAAAAAACAAAAGAUUUAAAAUAAAAUAUAUAUAAAAUUAAAAAAAAGAA